AUGGCGCCGCGUGAUGGCGCUCCGCAACGAGCCACGGCGCUAUUACGGCCACAACAGCAACAGGCGCAAUUCAAAACAAUGGCGUCGUUCAAGCAGAUUGCGACUGCUCUGGCAGCUUCGCUACCUGUCGCAGCAGCGCUAUACCAGAAUGGCUCCGUCAUCGCUCCCUGCGACUCUCCAAUUUACUGCCAUGGAGACAUUCUCCAGGAGGUCGAGCUAGCCAGGCCGUUCACAGACUCCAAGACAUUUGUCGAUAUGCCGGCGAAAAAGCCACUGGCUGAGAUUCAGGCUGCGUUUGACAAGCUAAAGAAGCCCCUCUCCAACAACACUGAGCUAAACGAAUUCCUCACCACGUAUUUUGAGGAUGCCGGCGGCGAGCUCAAGGCCGUCUCCAAGGACAAGCUCAAGACGGAUGCCAAAUUUGUCGAGAAGCUCAAUGACACCGUCAUCAAGGAAUUCGUCAACAAAGUCAUUGACAUUUGGCCUGACCUGACGCGCGAAUACUCCGGCUCCACCAGCAACUGCACCAGCUGCCCCAACAGCUUCAUCCCCGUCAACAGAACAUUUGUCGUUGCCGGCGGCCGUUUCCGCGAGCCCUACUACUGGGACUCGUACUGGAUCGUCGAAGGCCUACUCCGCACCGGCGGCGCUUUUGUCGACAUUACCAAGAACACCAUUGAGAACUUUUUGGACCUCAUUGAGCAGUUUGGCUUCGUGCCCAACGGCGCACGCCUCUACUAUCUGAACCGUUCGCAGCCCCCGCUGCUGUCGCAAAUGGUCAAGGCCUACGUUAGCCACACCAACGACACGAGCAUCCUCGAGCGUGCGCUGCCCAUUCUCGUCAAGGAGCACGAUUUUUUCAUGACCAACCGCUCGGUCGACGUGACGGUUGCUAACAAGACUUAUACUCUCAACCGCUAUGCCGUGUCCAAUACCCAGCCUCGCCCCGAGUCGUUCCGCGAGGACUAUAUCACCGCAAACAACAAGUCGUACUACGCCGCCUCAGACAUCAUAUACCCUGUCAAGAAGCCUCUCAAUGAGUCUCAGCAAUCAACCCUCUAUGCCAACCUUGCUUCUGGUGCCGAGUCUGGCCUCGACUACACCACUGCCAAGUGGUCCAGCAACCCUCGCGAUUCGACCGAGGACAUUUACUUUCCCCUGCGCUCGCUUAAUAUUCUCAACAUUGUUCCCGUUGAUCUCAACUCGAUCCUGUACGGAAACGAAAAGGCCAUUGCCGGCUUCUACAACAUGACGGGCAACUCUAGCGCCGCAGCUAGCUGGGACAAGAAGGCGGCUGACCGCGCCGAGGCCAUCCACGCCGUCUUCUGGAACGAGACGCUGUUUAGCUACUUUGACUACAACCGAACCUCGUCCAGUCAGCACAUUUACAUCCCCAGUGAUUCGGACACGCAGCCAUUCGAGAAUGCGACUGCGCCCGCCGGUAUGCAGGAGCUCUUCACCGUCACCCAGUUCUACCCCUUUUGGAUGGGCGCGGCCCCAGAGUACAUCCGCAACAACCCGUACGCUGUCAAGAACGCGUACUCGCGCAUCGCAAAGUACCUCGACCUCAAGCCCGGCGGUAUCCCGUCGUCCAACCUCCGCACCGGCCAGCAGUGGGACCAGCCCAACGUGUGGCCGCCGCUGAUGCACAUCCUCAUGAAGGGCCUGACCAGCACACCCGCCACCUUUGGCCAGGACGACCCCGCUUGGCAGGACAUUCACAAGCUCGCGCUGCGCCUCGGUCAGCGCUACCUCGACUCGACCUUUUGCACCUGGUACGCGACCGGCGGCUCGACGUCGGCCACGCCGCAGCUGUCGGGUCUCAGCGCGUCCGACGUGGGCAUCAUGUUUGAAAAGUACGACGACACGACUAUCAACCACGCCGGUGGCGGUGGCGAGUACGAGGUCGUCGAGGGCUUUGGCUGGACCAACGGCGUGCUGCUGUGGGUGGCCGACACGUUUGCCAAUGAGUUGAAACGCCCCGACUGCGGCAACAUCACCGCCGCCAACGUGCACCCGGGCAAGCGCAGUCUCAGCGCCGUGGAGCUGAGCAGCCGCGAUGCGCAGAGGGUUAAGAAGUUUGGCCGCCGCGCCGAGGGACAGGUGAAGAUGCCUGGUUCUCUGUGA